AUGUUGGUACAUUGUUGUUGUUUUGUAGUUAAUUCAGUACGAGGAUACGCCACUGCGCGCCCGCCGCGUCUCGCCGACUGUAUCAACUCAGCUCGCCGCUUGGAUAGGAAACUUACUCCGCCACCUUUGCGCAUUCCCGUCUGCCUUUAUCAGCGUCCACAGAGUGCAACUUCUGUGAGGUUGUGGUCAGUUUUCUGCAUGCAGGGAAUGACGACUCAUUUCAAGACAAGUAAAGCUUUAAAGGUCAAGAAGGAGACGGGCGAGAAUGCCCCGGCGCUCAGCGACGACGAGCUGGUGGCCAUGUCCGUGCGGGAGCUGAACCAGCACCUGCGCGGCCUGACGAAGGAAGACGUCGUGCGGCUGAAGCAGCGGCGGCGGACCCUGAAGAACCGGGGCUACGCCGCCAGCUGUCGCAUCAAGCGCGUCACCCAGAAAGAGGAGCUGGAGAGGCAAAAGACAGAGCUGCAGCAGGAGGUGGACAAGCUGGCGCGGGAGAAUGCCAGCAUGAGGUUGGAGCUGGACGCCUUGCGAGCCAAGUACGAGGCCCUGCAGUGCUUUGCCAGGACUGUAACCCGGGGGCCCAUCUCGCCCGGCAAGGUGGCCACCACCAGCGUUAUCACCAUCGUCAAGUCCGCCAACCACAGCAACCCCAGCCAGACCCCUUUCUCGGCUCCCUCCUAGUGCUGACGGGACCGCUCUCUCCCUUCUCUCUGCCCGACCCUCGGUGGUUCUGAAGCCAGUCGUCCUGUGCCGAGAGGAGGCCCAGUGGUUUGCUGGACUGAAGGAUCGGGUGCCAAGCUCUGCCACGUUAUGCUGCAUUCACAGUUCUGUCUCCGUUCGCCUGUCUCUCACACAACCUACACUGUCUGCACACUGUUCACCCCCCCAACCCCCACCCCGACCCCGACGCCCAGCACCGGCAGGGUUUCGGACCUCUGUGACUGAUGGUGGACAUUUAUUACCAGUCCGUCUUACAUGCCUUAACGUCGCAACGCAUCUCAGACCGGAUGCUGCAGGACAGAAAACAGAAACAAUUUGACUUUUUUUUUGGCAGUGUAGCUGUUUGUAAAUUGUGUAAAUCUACAUAGAAACUGUAAGCUAAGCAUUUAAACCUGUUGCCUUAAAGAUCUAUUUUGGUAAUCUCUACCUAACAUGCAGUUCAGUACAAUAAGGUUUUAAAUGUACCACCUUUAAGGUCAAGCAGACGUUUCUCCAGCUUUCAGUGAUCUAAGAGAAAAGAUGAAACCCGAGUUUUCACCGUUUUUUUUUUUUCUUCUUUUAUCUUGUUUAGCUUACGCUAAGCCAUAAAAGAAGCCGUUUAAGAAGUGGUAAAAGUGAAAACCGACAAACGUGUCUUGGGGUUGCAUGUUUGGAAAACACUGAGUAAUGCGUUUUAAGAAAGCAGCGGGAAAUGUAGAGGAUGUCUCCAUCAGCUACAUUAAGCUUCUGUUAUGAAAUUUCAUCCGAAAGUUGUCUUGGUUUCAUAUAAACGGGGGUUAAAAGGUGUUGUUAAAGACAUUGUGAAGUCUGUUUGGCAAGUG